AUGGAGGCAUCUGAGGGACAGAGACCCCGAAAUCCUCUGGCAAAGACUUUGUCUUGGGUCUGCUCGGGAUCUUCUCGGAGCCGACAACCAGGAAAGGGCGAGACGGGCAAGAUGUUGGCUCCAGAAGUUGGAACCUCACGGCUCAAUGCCAAGAGGAGCAUUGUAGCUUCAUCACCAAGCGAACUGCCCCAAGCAAGGAAGAUGAAGGAUGAGUCCCAUAUUUGGGGUCGCGAAGAUUUUGCGAAAAAACUCGUGUCGCAGUUGAUUGAUGAAAAAGGCGAAUGUGCCAACCUGAGAGUGAUUUCGGUGGUCGGUGAGGGAGCCAUCGGCAAAACAGCUCUAGUGAGGAGCGUCUGCAACGGAGCAGACGUUAAGAAUCAUUUCGACUGCUGUGCUUGGGUCCGGGUUGGGCUGGAGCCUAACCUGGUUCAUCUCAUGGUCGAUUUGGUCAAGCAGCUGAGGGUCCCGAGAUUGCAAGACGUGGAUCAUAUGGACAAGAAAAAGCUGUCCGAUUUGCUCCUAGGAGUCCUGAUGAAGUGCCGUUAUCUGAUAGUGCUGGAUGACUUGUGCGAUCUCCAUCUCAUGGAUAAGCUCAUAAUAAAGGUGCUUGCAGACUCGAGGAACGGGAGCAGAGUAAUCAUCACGACUCGUAACACCAAAAUACCCUCUUCCAUCGAUUCCUGGUAUUCCGAGCAUCUCGAGUUGAGGCCUCUCGACCAGGGACAGAGCAACAAGUUAUUGGAGGAAAGCAGCGGAGCUUUUGAUGGGGUCGAUCUGUACGGAAAACUCCCCCAUUUCAAAGAGAGGAUCCUUUGCAAAUCGGGCGGUUCUCCCGCAAAGAUCCUUCUACUUGGAGGACUUCUAUCCACCACCACGUUGAGAAGAUGCACCGAGCUUCUCAAUCAGCUUCCCGAUGACCCCACAGUUCGGGAUGUUAUGGAUUUGAGUGUUAAUGACCUUCCAGAAGGGUUGAAGAAAUGUGCUCUGUACUUGGCUCUGUUCCCUAAGGAAUCUGAGAUUCCCAUGAGGAGGCUCUUCAGACUCUGGUCAGCUGAAAAUCUCGUAUCUUCAGCGUUGGAGAGCAGUGCAGAGGAAUAUUUCGAGAUUCUAGUGUCUAGAAACAUGGUCCAUGUAACUCGACAGAAAUUGGACGGGAGUGCCCGAUCAUGCCGCUUGCCUGGAUCGUUGUACGAUGUCUUUUAUCAGAUGGCAAAGAAUGAAAAAUUCUUCAAUAUCUACGACUGUUCUAUUCAUGAGGAAGGAAAGUUCGAUGCGCCGCGUAUCGCCAUACAUAGGGAUAUUUCUGCAGGAGGAGAAGCGAAGGCGCAAAUAAAUGUGCCAGGAGCAGGACGAGAGCGAUCAGAAAUACAUGCACAAGAAGCACACUUCACCCCCACCGAGCCACAUCAAAGGAUGUCCGCCAAGGACAAUUCCACACCAUGCGGCAUCCAACAACUUUGUUCUUAUGUGUCAUUCAACACCAUGAAGCUAGGAACACGGGCCGGAGAGAUAGUGGCGUUACUUAAACCACUAGUGCCGAAGAGGGACUCGAGUUUGUUGAGGGUACUUGAUCUUGAGGGUGUCUACAAGCCUUUGCUUCCGGAGGAGCUUGGCAACAUAUUGCCGAACCUAAAGUACUUGGGACUGAGAUGGACUCUCCUUGAAAGGCUUCCGAAGUCAGUGGCACAAUUGCCUUGCCUGGAAACUUUGGAUCUGAAGUACACUAACAUAUCCAGUCUACCGGAAUCAAUCUUGGAGGCAGAGAAUCUGCGACACCUCCACAUGACCAAGGUGGACUUGGAUGACUCCGCUCGUCGUCUGUUGGAUUCCAAGAAAUCAUUAAACUGUAACAUCCAAACCAUUUGGGGCUUAGUCAUAAAUCAUGAUGAUAGUCCCAUGUUGGAAGUGUUGGGCAAGUUGACAGGCCUAGUGAAGCUGGCUCUGAAGUGGGAUGGCCAGUUGGUAUCGGAAGCAACCGAGUAUAUUUUGAAUCUGGAGAUGCUUAAAUCCCUCAAAUUGGAAUUGGAUGUUUCAUCCGGUGAAAUGGGUGACAUGAGCAGGCUCAAGUCUCUUUCCAGCUUGUACUUGCUCGGAGAAUUGCGCAAGGAAAGCUUGUUGGAGUCGGACAUUCCUCCGAACCUAAAAGUACUAACCUUGUCCAAGUCGAGACUAAAAGAGGAUCCGAUGGGAGUCCUGGGGAAGCUGAAAUGUUUGACCACUCUCCGAUUAUUUGCGUUGUCAUACGAAGGCAAGACACUAAGCAUCUCAGAAGGAACAUUUCUGAGCCUCCGUGUAUUGAAAUUGUGGAGGCUGCGUUUUUUGACCGCAUGGACUAUACAGGCAAAUGCAAUGCCGUGCCUAGCAGACUUGGAAAUUAAGGAUUGUGAGAGGUUGAAGACGAUCGAUGGACUGCAGCAGAUCAAUACCUUGGAAGUAAUCACAUUGGUUAGAGUGCCGGAUGAACUCGAGCAAAGGGUCAGAGAUGUGCAGCCGAACGUGCCAAUUAUAGCAAAGGUAUUAGUCAUUGAGUUUGAUACGCAUGCCAAUAACAAAGGCGUGGUGUGCGUCUAUGAGCUGCGAUCUAAAAAAAAUCAGAGGAGCAAUCGGAUGAAGAAGACGGCAAAUGAGGAAAAAGACGAAGAUGACUAUAGUGAAUGA